AACUCUGUCUGCAAUGAUGGCAGCUUUCAUGAGGAGCAAAAGAAAGGGAGAAAAAGUUGUACUAUAUUACACCAUAGCAUGGAUCAGCUCAAUGGCUCUCAUAGUAAAACUUAAACUCUACGAGUCCUUUGAUUCAGAAGACUACAUAAAGAUAGGAUUGGCUCUUUCAAUACCUUGCUUUCUCUUACAAUUAUUAAGCAAAGAGGAGUCUCUACCAUUCUACAGGCAGUAUUUAUUUAAAGCAAACCUCUUUGUGGGUAUUAUCGGUUAUCUGGGCAAUCAUUUCUACACUCAUUACUUCUACAAUGUUCUUGGUAUGCGAUACACUGGUCCUUUGUCAGGCGGGAUAAGAAUAAACGACGUACCUUUAUCCAUGUACCUAAUGACACAUCCUUAUUUCCUCUCCUACCACGUUCUCGUCAGUCCAGUUAUACGCGUUUUUAGACGUGCUCUCUCCGGCAGGCACUACUUGUUAUACCACAGUUGCUUUGGGGUAUUUGUUUACAUAAUUGCCGUGACAACAGCUUUCAUUGAAACCUACACAAUCAGCAGUUUCCCUUACUAUACUUACCCAGACUUUCAUGAAAUGCUAACUUACGGUUCUCUCUUUUAUGGGCUGUUCUUUCUAGUUAGCUUCCCUCUGUUUCAUUUUAUUGAUGAAUCCACAGAAUGGCCUUUAAAGAGCGUGGCAAUGAGUGCAUUUGGGUCUAUGAUGAUAGUACUGUUACUAGCAGACAUUAGUAGAUUAGUAUUGAAUUUAUCCUCUUCAUUACCAUAUGCAUAAUGAUCGUGAUGACUAAAAAUGUUUCUAAAUAUUCCAUUACUACUUCAUUGAGUUGUAUAUGUGGCUUGUACAUACAAGCAUGGUUAUUUUUUUCUUUCGAUGUUAUUUUAACUGCUGUUAUGAUCAUGUUGUGGUGUGCUUAUCAUGUUUAUACAUUAUCAAAUAAAGUGGGCAGUCUAUUGCAAACAAAGAGACAAAGAAUUACAACAAUUCUAGUCACAGAAAUGUCAAUGUUCCAUUGUUGACUGCAUGUAGUGAAUGUGUCCCACUACAAGACAUUACAAAUAUACUAUAAUUGCACUGUUUAUCAAAUUAUACAAAAUUCCUGUGGUCGUGGUUGGACGGGGCAGCUGCCAAUAUCCUUAUUUGGGCAUAUUUUGCCUCCAAAAGUGAAGCUUUGACCACACUCAAGCUAUGGGUAAACAUCACUGCUAAUAAGUGUAAAAAUUUAUACUACA